GACUUUAAGGACUAAUCGAAAACUAAAUGUAAAGACUCAACGGUUAUUAAAGGGUCACAUUGGCCUUAGUUUGGCUGCUUAAACGGUUUUAAUGAAUUGAGUCAACGAUUUUUCUAUAAACGUUGACUGUUCUGUCGAAAGUAAUUCUCAUAUAUCGCCGUUUUAUAAGGUUUUGAAAUAUGGAACAAGAUACAGAAUAUGUUAAGCUACCAUUAGAAGAACGAUGUGUGCACAAGUUAUGGAGAGCACGUUUGCAUGGUUAUAAAGAAUGUGUUAAUACAUUUCAAUGUAUCGAUGAUGAAAAAUCACCUGAAUGGAACAAGUUCCUAGGAUUUAUAAAGAAGUUUGUAUCAGACAGCAAUGCUGCAGCGCAAGAAAAAGGAUUGGAAGCAGCAUUAGCUUUUAUUGAAAAUGCUGCAGUAGCAGGAAAGACUGUUGGUGAAGUCAUGAAUGGAAUAGUUACUAAAUGUAUUGCAGCCCCGAAAGCUAAGACAAAAGAGUUGGCAGUGCAAAUAACAUUAAUGUAUAUAGAAAUUGAAAAGCAUGAAACUGUUCAAGAAGAACUGUUAAAAGGGACAGAAGCAAAAAAUCCAAAAAUUGUUGCUGCUUGUAUUAAUACUUUAACAUUGGCUUUAAGGCAUUUUGGACCAAAGGUAAUUAAUAUAAAGCCUUUGAUAAAAAAGAUGCCUAGUUUCCUUGAAAACAGAGAUUACACAGUUAGGGAUGAAGGCAAAUUUAUGGUCAUAGAGAUUUACAGGUGGAUAGGUGCUCCAUUAAAACAACAAUUAAAUACAUUGAAGCCAGUUCAAAUUGCAGAGUUGGAGGUAGAGUUUAGUAAUUUAAAAGAAGAGAAAGUUAUACCAAUUCGGUUUUUGAAAUCUCAAAAACCUAAACAAGUAUGUGGUACUGUAAUUUCUACAAAUGACGUCGGUGAAGAUGGCAAAGAUGACAAUGAUUGUGUGCCUAUGCCAGAAAUUGAUCCUUAUGAAUUUUUGGAGCCGGUCGAUAUUCUUUCAAAACUUCCAAAAGAUUUUUAUGACAAACUUGAAGCUAAGAAAUGGCAAGAGAGGAAAGAAGCUUUAGAGGCUUUAGACACUCUUGUAAAACAUCCAAAGUUAGAAAAUGGUGAUUAUGGUGACGUAGUGAGAGCUCUGAAAAAGGUUAUAUCUAAAGAUACUAACGUAUUAGUCGUUGCAUUGGCUGGAAAAUGUCUAGCUGGACUAGCUACAGGUCUUAAAAAGCGAUUCCAACCCUAUGCAACAGCUUGUCUAUCAUCAAUUUUAGAAAAAUUCCGCGAAAAGAAACAAAAUGUUGUACAAGCUCUCAGAGAUGCUGCUGAUGCUAUCUUUUUUAGUAUUUCUGUCGAUCUUAUACUAGAAGACACGGUUGCAGCGUUAGAAAAUAAAAAUCCUGCUGUUAAAUCAGAAACAGCUGCUUAUUUAGCAAGAUGCUUUUCCCGUACACCGCCACAAAGCUUAAAUAAAAAAUUAUUGAAGGCGUACACCGGUGUUCUUUUGAAAACGUUGAAUGAACCAGAUCCAAUUGUUCGAGAUGCUUCUGCUGAGGCUCUUGGUACAGCAAUGAAGUUAGUUGGCGAAAAAGCCAUGACACCAUUUAUUACAGACAUUGAUAACUUGAAAAUGACAAAGAUAAAAGAAUGUGCAGACAAAGCUAUAAUACACAUUAAAGUAUCUAAUGCACCAAAAAUGGUUGCAGAAAGACCAAACACAGCUCCAAGUAAAAUUGAAUCGGCAGCAAAACCUAAAGACUCAGAUUUUAAAGUUCCGAAGAGACCGAAUACUAGUACAGCUAGGAGACCCUUAGCCAAAAAACCAUCUGGUUCGUCUUUGACAAAUUUAGCUGGUACAAAAAAGCCAUCUGCAACAAAAAUCCAAACAGAGAAAAAUUAUAGCGUCGAAGAAAUAGAUGAAAUGGCUACACAAUAUUUACCAACUGAUACUCUUUUGGGUCUCGUUGAUACUAAUUGGAAAACACGUUUAUCUGCAGUCGAGCAACUUUUAGAGUCUGUAAAACAAAUGGAUUCAUCCGAAGUACCUACACAAGUUAUUGUACGGACUUUAGCGAAAAAACCAGGUUUCAAAGACACAAAUUUUCAAGUUUUGAAAUUGCGACUGGAAACAGUAAAGUAUCUAGCAGAGACUUUUCCGUUUUCAAAUACUAUUUGCGAAUACUGUCUCAUGGAUAUAACGGAAAAAUUGGGAGAUGCAAAAAAUAGUACAAUUGCGGGUGAAACUCUUCUAGCAAUAGCAGAAACAACAAGUUUCGAAUAUGUGGCGGAUGAAAUAGUGGCAUUUGCCUUCAACAUAUGUAGAGGUCUCAUAGAAUUUGGUUGUGUUAUUAACGUCAAGUCCUUAAUGGAUAAUAUCAAAAAAGCAGUUGCAGCAACAAAUCCUGGUGUACGUACUUCCGCCAUUACAUUGUUAGGUACAUUGUACAUAUUCAUGGGUAAACCACUGCUCAUGUUCUUUGAAAAUGAAAAACCUGCAUUACGCCAACAAAUUGAACAAGAAUGCGAGAAGCAUAAUGGUGAAACUCCUCCAGUACCAAUUCGUGGAGUAAAAAUUAAGAAGUCCAAAACAAGUGACGACGAUGAUGACGAUGCCGAGGUGGAUAAGAAAUCUACUGGCAAUAGUGAACUUGAUAUUAAUAAUCUCAUUCCACGAGUUGAUGUCAGCAACCAAAUUACAGAGAGUCUUUUGAAUGAAUUAUCCGAUAAAAAUUGGAAGGUACGAAAUGAAGGUUUACAGAAAGUGAGUGUCAUCAUUUCUGAAGCAAAAUUUAUAAAAGGUUCCAUUGGCGAUUUACCUCAAGGAUUAGCUUUACGAUUGGUUGACAGCAAUAGUAAAAUAGCACAGUCAACCCUGGGCAUAUGUCAAGCAUUAGCUGUAGCAAUGGGACCACCAGCAAAGCAACACAUUCGAGUUUUAUUUCCUGGUUUUAUACAAUGUCUGGGCGAUAGUAAAAAUUGGAUUAGAACAGCGGCAAUCUCGUGUAUAAACACAUGGGGAGAUCAAUGUGGUUAUAAAGAAUUUUUUGACGGUGAGAUAAUAGGUGAUGCAUUGAAGUCCGGAUCACCGGUGCUUAGAGCCGAGCUGUGGAAUUGGUUAGCGCAAAAGUUAUCAUUGAUUCCUGUUAAACAAAUACCAAAAGAAGAACUUCUUGUAUGUCUUCCAUAUUUGUACAAUAAUUUAGAGGAUCGUAAUUCCGAUGUUCGGAAAAACGCUCAGGAAGCAGUUUUGGGUUAUAUGAUUCAUCUUUCGUAUGAAGUAAUGGCUAGGAAUACAGAAAAAUUGAAACCUGGAUCUAGAACAGUGGUACUUGCUGCACUGGAUAAAUCUCGGCCAAAUUUGCCUUUGAAACCGUUGCCAAAGAAACAGCCAGUGGAAGAAAGUAGUCAGAAAGUCGUGAAAAGUGCUGGAGCCAUGAAAGCAGCGAAAGCAAUAGUAAAACCUAAACAAAAUCAAUCCGCGUCAAAGCCUGGCAGUGCUCGUAAAAAGGAUGACGACACUGAUACGAGUCCUUUGUUGGCUAUAAAUAAUCUGAAGCAUCAAAGAGUCAUCGAUGAACAAAAAUUAAAGGUCUUAAAAUGGAAUUUUACGACUCCAAGAGAAGAAUUUGUUGACCUUCUGAAGGAACUUAUGACUGCUGCGAGUGUGAACAAAACUUUAUUAGCAAAUAUGUUUCAUGCAGACUUUCGAUAUCAUCUUAAAGCUAUUGAGGCAUUAACCGAGGAUCUGCCUAAUAACAGUAAAGCAUUAGUGUCUAAUUUAGACCUUAUCCUCAAGUGGUUGACACUAAGAUUUUUCGACACCAACCCUUCAGUAUUAUUGAAAGGUCUAGAAUAUUUGCGGAUGGUGUUUAAUCUAUUAAUAGAGGAUCAGUAUCAUAUGUUGGAGAAUGAAGCAGCCUCCUUUAUUCCAUACCUCAUUAUCAAAAUUGGCGAUCCUAAAGAUGCAGUGCGUAAUGGAGUUCGCGCAUUAUUUAAACAAAUUGCAAUGGUAUAUCCAGUAAGCAAAUUAUUCUCGUAUAUAAUGGAAGGUUUAAAAUCUAAAAACGCACGACAAAGAACAGAAUGCUUGGAUCAAUUAAGUUCUCUUAUAGAAAAUUAUGGACUAUCCGUUUGUCAACCAUCUGCAUCUGUAGCAUUGAAAGAAAUAGCAAAGCAAAUAGCAGAUCGUGAUAAUUCUGUUCGGAAUGCUGCUUUGAACUGUAUUGUUCAGGCAUAUUUCCUGCAAGGAGAACGAGUCUACAAACUUAUCGGCCAAAUAUCUGAAAAAGAUCAGUCGUUAUUAGACGAACGUAUCAAAAGAGCUGCUAAAAAUCGUCCAACGAAAUCAGCUUCAUCAAACAAACUUGCACCCCCUACAAAUACAACUCCUGUCGCUUCUAAUGAAGACGUUAAAGCAGAAUAUGAGGAAGAAAAUGAAGAAAUAUCUGAACCAGAACCUGUUUCUCCGACACCACCACUACAAAAUGAACUGCCAAAUGUAACAGAGACAGAAGCAGUAACACCAGGCAGCACAAUUGACGAAAUACAGAUGUCUCCUAUGACUAAUGAACAACCAUCAAAAACAUCGCCAGUAAAAAUUACCGUCCUACCUCAAAAUGAUCAUGAAGAUGACACUAAAACAAAUAUUUGCGCAUCGACACAGAAGAAAGUAACAGGCCCAUUUGGACUUGACAUGAAUUAUUUGCAAAAAAUUGAAUCAGAGGCGCCUGUGAAAUUCAAGAACCCUGUUCUUGUAGAAGUAAACUUAAAUGAGCUUGAAGCUCUGCUUGAAUCUCCGAAUACACUAAAUCUACCGAAAGUACCAAUGAUACCAAUUUCUCCACCGAAAUUGUUAGUAUCAAAGACAGCAACGGUAACACAGCAAUUGAAUUCAGCUAACUCUACUAAAGAAGGUAGUCUUGAGCGCAAAAUUCUUGCAAUGGCUAGCUUGGACUUAGCUAUUGCGAUACAGUCGAUGAACAGUAUAGAUAAUCUGAUAAAAUCUCAUCAAGUUCUAAGUUUGCAAUCUAAAGAAGAUAAAUUUAUUGGUUCGAUAAACAUGCAACUGAAACUUUUGCAAACGUAUCCUUUGCAACAAGGAGGAACAGAUACAUCUAAGGGUUUUAGAACCACAUUUAUGGUUAUUUUGGCGUUCUAUGACAGUGGCGUUCUAGGAAAAAACGUUCCAUUGAUACACUUAAAGGAACUUGUGGAUCAAAUGAUUAGCUUGUUAGCUGAGCAUAAAUUACACCAUUUACACCAGGCUGAUGUGUAUUAUCGUGUCAUUAACAAUAUUGUAUGCAAAAUAAUAGAUAAUUCAAAUCAUACCACAAUUAUAUGUGCUUUAAUAAAACUGCUCCAUGGAUGUGCAGAAGCUAAUGAACCUUCUAAGUACGAAGAGUUAGUUAUGAAAUGUUUAUGGAAAAUAGUAAAAACUAUUCCUAACUGGGCUGGAGAUUUAAAUUAUGAUACGAUUCUUUUGGAAGUUCACCGCUUCCUGAAAGAUUAUCCAACUCUAUGGUGGAAAACACGAAAGUCUGACACUCCAUUACGGACCAUUAAGACAAUUCUCCAUAGCAUGACACGCAUGAAGGGCAGUACAAUUCUUAGUCAUCUAACUCGAAUAAAUAACACUAACGAAUCAGAAUUACAUCUUUAUCUUAUAAGGUUAAUUGCGACCUUUAAGCCUGAUGAAAUUAACAAUCCAAGAACAAUGGUAAAAUCCAGCAAUAGUGGUAAGGCUCAAGAACAUUUAUCAAAGUUUACACACCAGCAAUUGUCUGAAAUAUUUAAGAAAAUUGGAUCUAAAGAACACACGCAGGAAGGUUUAAUGCAAUUGUAUGACUUUAAACUUCAAUAUCCUGAAGCUGACGUGCAACCUUUCUUGGUAAAGUCUCACCAGUUCUUUCAAGACUUUAUAGAACAAGGGUUAAGAGACAUUGAUCAAGCACGGAAAAAUCAAAAUCUUAUAUCACAAACUAAUAAUCAGUAUUCGAUGGAUACAGCUGAACCCGCUGGGCCCGACGAGAAAAACUUAAUGGAUCCGUUACAUAGGCUCGAAAAACUUCGAGCAACUGAAGCACAAUGUAAAAGUACCAGUCAGUCAAGUACAACAUGAAUGUAACUUCCAUUGAUAUUAAUUAGGAUCGCAGUGCUUAAAUAAUUGGAUGAAGAACCAAUACUACAUAUAACAC